UCGUGUUUGUCUGGCGAGCUCGAGGAACUGACCAGGAAUAGCCAAAGGGACAACUUCAUAUGAUGUACCCACGAGGAUUCAACUACAACAGGCCUCCGUACCCUGUUGCGCCACACGAAACACACAAUCCGCCACCGUUGUCGCACCCUCCGUGUGUGUAUGGUCCCCCUUCUCGUUUCUCCUAUAACGCAUAUCCAACAGUGUCUAGCUAUCAGCCCAGCAGUUCAGCCUCCUAUAGUCACAUCCCACCGCAGCUCACGCACUAUGCAGACCCAAGAUACAUGGAGAUGAGUCCCAGAGAGGAAGCCCCAGUGUUGCACCAUCUUCCACAGCAGCCAAGCACGUUGGAUCCUCGUCCGGAACACCCGCAUCAAGUCAUGGAGGGUUCUGCACAGUUACUGCCGAGCUGUGAGCAAGCAAAGGCCGGAAAAACCACCGGAAAGAAAAGGAAAGAAAGAACAGCUUUCACUAAACAUCAAAUACAAGAACUGGAAAAUGAAUUUCAGAGGAAUAAUUACUUAACCAGGCUCAGACGAUACGAGAUCGCGGUGAGUUUGGACUUGACAGAAAGACAAGUUAAGGUCUGGUUUCAAAAUCGUAGAAUGAAGUGGAAGAGGGUGAAAGGAAAACGGUUGGAAAAGAAAACUCCGGUAUCAAAAAGAUUGAGCACAAGUUCAGACGAAGAGAAACCGAUAAUGUAAAUAAAAAAAAGUUAUGCACUUUUUUAACAUUUAGACUCCCAGAACCGGUUAUGAGACGUUUCAUAUGAAAGAAAAAACGUAGGUCUGUGUAAAGAAGGUAUAUAAGGAAAAGCCCAGAGUCUUCGCCCUGACACUACUUUUGAAGUCGAACAUGAUCAGAAAUUAAAUUGUUCUGAUCUGCAAACGGAACAAUUAAGUCCGUAGCUUAGUGUCUCCCAUUGAAAAAUUGCUAUGGUUGUGUUCUUUCAUAAAGCGUUUAUUUUGGAACUUGAUAGGCUGAUAACCACAAUUUGAAAAAUUAUAACAGCAAGAGUUAUAUAAAUAUUCGCGUAAAGAAAAGCAGACAAGAAUAUGAGUCGCAAACUUUUUCAGUUUUCAUUUUUUCACUUUUCAUCGUAGCUUCAUUUGUUCUUUCGACGGUUUUGCAGAGUUCCACGAAAUCAUUCAUUGAGCUGGUCUUGAAAUAUUGUAUGUGAUACAAUCAUGAAUCUGUUCUCUCGAAAUUUAAGUAUGGAUCAGUCAUUAAAUCUCAAGUUAACUAAAACAGGUCAUAUGGAUUGUCUUGUUGAGUAAGUUCGAUGAAAUGCCAACAAAAUGACACGUCUGGACUCUAUGCUUGUGUUCCACAUCCGUUCGGGCCUUACCUACAUGAAAAGCUAUUAAAAGUGGAUUGUAGAUAACUUAA